CUGACGUACCGGUAAGGGAGACCCUAGACAUUCCCAAGAGCUCCCACAAGAAGAAACAUAAAUAAAAGGAUUCUUUGUCCAAUUAAUUCUGUUUUAAAUUCGUUUUUAUAUUACAUAUUUCUCUAGGUUUUAAAGUGAUUUAAAAAUAACACCGAGCACCUGCUCUUAUAAAAGGCAGCAGGUUAAGAUUUAAUUUUCUACGCAUGUGUAUUGAGAAUAUUAAACCUUAUUUUUGUCUAGCAAAUCAACAAGGAACACAAGAGAAUCAAAGAAAAUAUUUUUUUUACUUACCAGCUCAAUUUUAACGAAAACCCCUAAAUAUUACCAGUCUGCUCAUUGCUUCAAAAGUUUUAUUACUAACUACUUAAGGAUCACAGCCUAAAUUAGCAGAUAUGUUAUCUUGCAACUGUCUCAAUAUUACCAUAGAGGUUGAGAAGAAUGAGAAUGUGGCAAAAGAAAUAUGGGAACUUGCCGGGCUUGAUAAGGGAGAAACAUCUUUUUCGCAAGAUCUUUGGUAUGUGGGAAGACUUCUUAACUUGAACAAGGUUCACCCAGGUUUGGUUCAAUGCAGGAGAGCAGGUUUAUGGAAUGUUACUACCUGUUUAAACUGUGAGGUAGAAACUCAUGCAGUUCAUAAAGAGAAAGGAGCAUCUGGUGUAAUAGUUUAUGCAAAAUUGUUGAACCAAGAGGAAAUAAAUAACAUCAAGUCAAGCGACUUGAUCUCAAGUAUAUUUCAUAUUAUAGUAAACCCCAAUUCCAGUGUUGCUGAAAAUACAGAAGUUCAAACAUAUCAUAACCCAAAAGUUAACAAAUACAUUAGAGAUUUAAAUGAUGUAAUGACGGAGGUUAUCAGGAAAGAACAAGCAGCAGUAGAAGAAAGAAUAAAGAAAUAUAGUGAUGAACAGUAUGAACAACUUAAUAUUUUAAAAGAUAAGGCAUAUAAAGAGAGAGAGGCAUUAGUGAAAACAAUCCAAAAUGCAGCCAAAGAGAGUAAUCCAGAAGGUGACUUGUCGCCAAAAUCACCGAAGCUGUUUGGAAAUUUUACAUCUGAUAAACAAUCAGCAUCCAACAGCCCUUCGGGGAAUCCAUUCUCCCCAAGAAAACCAAUAAGCACCAAGUCUGAAAAGGAAAAAGAUGUUCUUACGGAAGAUCUGAUGUUUGACUUUGAUGAGUAUUCAGAGACUUUAUUAAAUCAUGAUGUGACAGAUAGUGAGAAUGAAGAUGAAGAAUCUGAAGAAAUUCCCGAAAUGAGUGGUAUUACAAUAGCUUCAGCUAAGUCUCCUAGUUCAUCCUUGUUAUAUGCCAAAUCUCUUCCUGUAGAUAUACCUAUAUUUUCGCACUCGCUGCGUAGUAAAAAUAGUCGAUCAGAGGCAGAAGAUGGUUCAGAUGAUCAUUCUGAAAAUGAGCAGAUAGACAUCGCCGCCAGUAUUAAAGCUCUAGCAAGAAGCGUCCAUGGAGACGCAAUCUUUGGAGAACUACCGAGACCAAAGUUUAGUACACAUUUCUAAAAUGAUCUAGUUACUCAGAAAUCCUAAGAACUAUUCUACUUCCUCUCAAUAGCUUCCUCUAAAAAAUAUGUUUAAAUAGGUCUUGUGAAUCGUGUUUGAACUUCAUUAUUCAUUUAAUUAAUGAUUAGGUGUUAUAGAUUUACUGGCAUUUUCUGUGUAAUUAACACCCAAAUAUGCCCGAUCGAAAAAUGCUCCAAACCAAAUGAUUAAACAAUACUUUCAUGGCAAAAGCAAAUUGGAUUGACUAAAAUUGCUUUUAUGUUAAACUGCUUUUUCGAUUUAUAUGUAAUAAAAACUGAUAAAGCAAAUAUUUAUGAUUAAUUAUGACUUUUAGUCAGUCUUUAAUUUCAGACCACGUAUUCGUUGUAAUUAUUAAAAACUUUGCUAUAUUUAAUAAUAAUUCGGCUUAAUUGGUAUUAUUUAAGAAAUUUGUCUCAAUUGAUGCUUAAUUUUGGUGGAAGAUACUGGGUUAAAAUUAUGUUUUUAUUGCAGGAUGUUCUGUUUUAUAAAAUACACCCUCACCUCAUUUAGUACAUAUAUCGCUGUUUAAGAAGAUGGACACGACUCUAAUAAAAGUUCCGCUUAAAGAAAACAUUUUAACAACAAUUGAACUUUUUUACUUCGAAAGUGUCCUUGAGGAUAUAGUAUGCAUUCUUAUUUAAGAAUGCAUACAAAUAAUUUUUUUAUUUUUGGUUUUUUGUUUGAAUUUCUAUAUCUCAUUCUUAAAUACGGUUUUUAUUUCAAAUUGCUCUGCUAGCAUUUACGGUUAUAAUUUUUUUAUUAUAUCCUUAUUAAUUUAAUAUACUGGUCCAUGAACUAGUGAUUUUUUUUUUUUAAUUUGAGGCUCACCAUUGGGAUCUCGGUAACUUUAAGAGUUAUAAGAAGGGGUAAAGUUCCAUAAAUUAAUGUUAAAAUGGAAAUUCGUAUUUUCGUUUUAAUUUUUUUAGCUAUUUUAAUACAUGGAGAAAAAUCUAAGGACUUCUUAAGAGCACUUUUGCAAGACCCUUAAAGAUAAAUUUUUUCAUCAACCGAUCCCUCUGAUUUGAUUGCACAUAAAAUAACCAUUUAUAAACUGUUUUCUGAGGCCAUCAUCAUUUUUUUUCUAAUUGUGAUACAAGAAUUUUUUUAUAAACAUAUUCAACAAAUGUCUUUUCAAUGCAUUUCUGGCAAAUUAUUUUUUUAUAAGUAUUAAACGACUUUCUUUUUUUAAGAAACGUCAAAUUUAAAUAAUAAUCUCACCUCAUUAAAAGUAUUUUAAACGUAAUCCUGGAUUUCCUUUAUCUGUAAAAAUAAAGCCAGGAAACAAGAAAACCUAAACCCGAGUAUACACGAUCCGGUUUUACAGCUGACGCAGAACUGAAUGCGUUUUCAGCGGACGGAAAAACCUGUAGGAUUAACAGUUUAAAGUAUUGAUGUUUUGAAAAUUAAAGGACAUUUUUUUAGCAUCAAAUAUUGUUCCAAUUUGGAAGACCCAGUACAUAUAUUUUAAGAAAUGCAUAUUUUUAGCGGCUUUAUACUGUUAAAUUUAUUAAUAAAUUAAAUUUUAUUAUUAGAUUUAGGCCCAUUUUAAAGUUUUAGAUUUAUCAUUUUUUCGUUAUGUCUCUUUAAUAAAUUCGAGAGUUUUUAUUAUCUUUCGCAUCAAAUAGUUUGUAUUCUCGAAAACGUGUUAAUAUUAGAGCAGAUAAUGAAUUAUAUUAAAAAGAAACAACAUUGCCAGUAUAUUUACUAAAUGUAUACAUUUAUUCUGUUAUCAAUUGUGAAUUAUCGAUUCAGUAAAAUGAACAGCAAAUUUCUUGUAAAACAUCAAUACAAAACUAUGCGUUAUAUAAAUUAGACAAUCUUCUUAACCAGCGAUAAACGUAAUUUGUGGUAAAUAAAGUAUUAAAAUAACAUUUUAUUUAUUAUUACUUUUUUUAUUAAAUUUCUGGUUUUUCUUAAAAUUGUACUUUAUUGCUUGACGUACAUUUCACAUAACCUUUUUUUUAGCUCAGUAUCAUAGUUCUUAGAUUGAGAUUUCAUUGUAUUCAAUUAGGCUUAUUACAACUAAGGUUUCUUGUUAUUUUUAUACGAAUGCCACAGUAAUGAGGUAAAAAGAACUCUUCUUGUGUUUUUUUUUUAAAUAUAAAAGGUGGUGAGUAUUUUAAUGAAACUUUAUUUAAAAUGCAACUGUUUUAAAAACUAAUAAAUGUUGUGCCAUGUUGCAUUUUUUUGUGAAUGUGGGUUCAACCCAUUUUGUUAAGUGCUUCAGUUUAAUAUUAUAAGUUGUUUUAUCAUUAAGUUCAUUUUAUGUGUUCGCAGGGAUAUACUUUGAUAUUUUAUUCGCCGCAAGUUUUUCCUUGGUUUAAAAAUAUUUUAGAAUUUGUUACAUUUAUUUUACUUCUGGUGGCAUUUCAAAUUUUAUUAUUAUGUCCCCCCAUCAUUUCAUUAUAACCCAUGUUUUGCAUGUUUGUACAUAAAAUGUGAUACUGAUUAAUAGGAGACGAAGACCGAAACGUACAAUUUUUGUAAUUUUUAAUGUUUAAGGAUAACGUUAUUAGUUAUUUUUCGAUACUAAAAUAAACUGAUUAUAUUAUAAUGUGA